AUGUUGGACUCUGGAACGUCUCAAAUCUCUCCGGAGACAUCUCCCGUGGACGACAUAACUUUUGGGAACCACACGGCUCGCGCUUCCUACCCGUUCCUCAAUGACUUGAGCUCCUACAUCCCUACACCACCCACUUCCGAGCCGCAAGAGAGGGCGGCCGUUUUCUCCGAGCCCUCACAGCCGUUGGUCCCCGCUGGGGAUAUCCCAAGGAUACUCCCUCCGGAGCAAGUCUCCACGCAAUCAAUCUCCGGUCAUACUCGGCGACUAUUGCCUACACCGACCACACUUUCUGGUAACCCGCUUGACGCGGCCAUCAAUGCCUCCCUUCCCACGGCCACCAGCAUCGGCAGCCAAACGACCAAUACAGCCGCAACCACAAGCACAACCGCCACGAGUCAUACCACACCCAUCCCAGCCCCAGCACCUGUCCCAGCACCUGUCUCAGUGCUUGCCUCAGCGCCUGCCUCAGCGCCUGCACCUGCGCCUGCACCUGCGCCUGCACCUGCGCCUGCACCUGCAGCGCCUGACCCAAAAAGGAUCAGCCACCACCUCUGCGAAAAGCGGUACCGGGUCAAUUUCAACGAGAAACUCUCCCAGCUGCGCGAGGUGGUCCCUUCUCUGCACCGCGUCACAAAACCUGAAAAGGCGAACGACUACAAAAACGUCAAGGUUUGGAAAGAUGGCCGGUUGGGAAAGGAGAGGCGGGCAAAGCCCAACAAGUUGACGGUGCUGACUGAGGCGACCGAGUAUAUUGCGCAGUUGGAGCAGAGCAAUCGGCGGUUGGAGGUUGAGAACGGGUCUUUGAAGGCUCGGAUGGAGACGUUGGAGAAGGUGUUGGGGGAGAAUGGUGAUGGGGAGCAUGGGAUGAAUGUAGAUGGCGAGUAG